AUGACAAAGUUUAUUGAAGAAACUGAAAAGAACGAAGAAUUGAAUGAAGAUGAGGAGAAAAAUCAUGUCAACACUGGAGAAAAACCUUUGAGUUGCUCUCAAACCAAACAGAAAGAUUUAAAGAAAAGAGGAGCCAAGAAAUCUUUCGUCUGCACUCAGUGUGGAAAGAGCUUGACAAGCAAAUAUAGUCUUGAGCGUCACAUGAGAGUUCAUACUGGAGAGAAACCAUUCACUUGUGAUCAAUGUGGGAAGAGUUUCACACAAUCAGCACACCUUAAGAAACACAUGAACAUCCACACUGGAGAAAAACCUUUCACCUGCACUCAGUGUGGAAAGAGUUUCACACGUAAAACAAAUCUUAAGCGUCACAUGAGAGUUCAUACUGGAGAGAAACCAUUCACUUGUGAUCAAUGUGGGAAGAGUUUCACACAAUCAGCACACCUUUAUGAUCACGAGAGGAUCCACACUGGAGUGAAACCUUACAAGUGUUCACAAUGUGACAAGAGAUUCAGUCAGUCAGUACAUCUGAAAAGACACAAUAGGAUCCACACUGGAGUGAAACCUUAUAAGUGUUCACAAUGUGACAAGAGAUUCAGUCAGUCAGUACAUCUGAAAAGACACAGUAGGAUCCACACUGGAGAAAAACCUUAUAAGUGUUCACACUGUGAUGAGAGAUUCAGUCAUUCAUCAAAUCUGAAAAGACACGAUAGGAUCCACACUGGAGAGAAACCUUAUAAGUGUUCACACUGUGAUGAGAGAUUCAGUCAGUCAACAACUCUGAAAACACACGAGAGGAUCCACACUGGAGAAAAACCUUAUAAGUGUUCACGCUGUGACGAGAGAUUCAGUCAGUCAACAACUCUGAAAACUCAUGAGAGGAUCCACACUGGAGAGAAACCUUAUAAGUGUUCACACUGUGACAAGAGAUUCAGUCAUUCAACAACUCUGAAAACACAUGAGAGGAUCCACACUGGAGCGUAA